GUACCUACCGAACCAAAGUCAAUCAAGACACUCCGACAAUCCCAAGGGAAAUUCUUCAGCCAAGUGUUGUUGUUGCCUGCACCACUUCUUGGUGUUCCUUAGCUUCCUUGCUCCCGAAACAGAUCCAGCACUCAUUUUGUUCUCCGCGCUCUGCUCCCGGGACUAGCAACGUACUCUGCCGACACCUUUAGUACGGCUCAUCGCACCGCUCUCCACCGUUUCGUAUCUCCGCCAUGGCGGCUACAGCAGGGCCAGGCGCGUCGUCCUUCUCCCGCGCCUCCGACGCGCAGUCCUCGUUUAACUUCGACGCGUUAAAGAACUUUUCGGUGCUCACCCCCUCGAUACAGUCACAUCUGCAGAAGGUCUACCUGACGCUGUCGCUCACGCUGGUCGUCGCAGCGCUCGGCGCGUACGCGCACGUGCUGUGGGGCCUCGGAGGUGCGAUCUCCUCCAUCGCGUCCAUCGUGGGGGUGCUCUGCCUCAACGCCACGCCCGCCACUCCCGCUAACGAGUCGUUUCGCUUUCGCCUGCUGCUCGCCAUCGCCUUCUCGCACGGCUGCUCCAUCGGCCCCCUCAUCGAUGCCGUCGCGCAAGUCAACCCCGGCCUGAUAGUGACUGCGUUUGUCGCCACAGCAGCCAUCUUCCUGUGCUUCUCAGGGGCGGCACUGCUGGCGCGGCGGCGGGAGUACCUGUACCUGGGGGGCCUGCUCGCCUCCGCGGUUUCCACCAUGCUCACCCUGCGCCUCGCCUCCUUCUUCUUCGGCGGCUCCAACGCCGUCUUCCAGAUCGAGCUGUACGGCGGCCUCCUUGUGUUCGCGGGGUACAUCAUCUACGACACGCAGAUGGUGGUGGAGCGCGCCUGCCAGGGCCACCGGGACCACGUGGUCGACGCCUUGGAGCUGCUGCUGGACUUCGUGGCGGUCUUUGUGCGCAUCCUCUUCAUCUUGAUGAGGAAGGAGGAGCGGGAGGAGGAGCAGCGGUCAUCAUCCAAGCGCAGGACUGGGGCCAGCACGUCUCGCCGUUGACUCCCAUGCUACCUACCAGCAGUGUCCUUGGUAGCCAGUACGCUGGGGUUCGAUGUGGGAAGGGGGCUAGUGCUCCCGCACGCUGAGCUGAGUGAAUGAGCAGUUUGGAAUGGCGCACUUCGAUUGUUUAACUAUCUAUCCACUGAUUGUUAAAAAAGAAUGUCGCCUAACUUGGUUUGGUGCUGCUGAAUGCAUUAUUCUGCCUAUGUAAACACAUACACCAUAUAUAGUAUAAUCUGUUAGAAU